GUCUACACAUACGCAUUAGUUGAUAUCCUAAACGAACAAACAAAAAUCGAAAUAUUAAUUCUAGUGCAAGCAUGCUUUCUGGCUAUAAAUCCCAGCGGAUGAGUUCCAGCUAAGAAACCAGCUAAAUCAAAAAUAGCAUCAGAUGCUGUCCAUUGAAAAUCAUUCAACGGCAAGACUUGUCGGAGCAAAUGAGAACCAUGAGACGAUAAUAAUUCAAUAGCAAUAAACUGCUAGACAGCAUAAGGAGCUGACGUAACAAGCAACGUGAGUGCAUCAAUAACACCAACGCCAGCCAGAGUGAAAACAUUUCGACGAACAAGACCACCAAUAACAACUACGAUAGCAACUACAACUACAUCUACAUUAACAACAAUACUAUUGAUAACAUUAAGAGGCAGCAUUACAUCAACACAUUAAACAGAAGCAGCACACCGCGCCCAAUUCAAUCGAUAGCGUCCUCACUCAUCUCCACUUUGCGCCAGCACUACCUCGAACCGUCGCUCACAGCGCCCGCCAGCAGGCUAGUAGCAUGCUGGGUGAUAUAAUUUCACCGUCAAUCGCAACUUGGAGCACAACGCAACACUUCUACACCGACCUGGACGUUGAGACGCCUGUGGUGCACGGCGCCGCCGCCACCGACCUGCAUGUACCACUCCUGGACAGCUACGACAUCUACAACAAAGUGUACAGCAAUGCUACAUCAAUGUUGUUCGACGCCAACGAAACGAGCGCAUAUCAAAUUGUAUUGAAUGGAACAAGCGGCAACUUGAGCAAUAGCAACAACAUUUUAUUGAAUCUGGGCGAUGGCGGCGGCAACACUGACGGUUUCAUCACAUUCAACGGCAGCGACGGGGUGCGGAAUGCCAGCAGCAAUAUUGUUGAUGUGUUUAUAGGUGAGCGUAAUGAGUUUGAUGACCAGCAACUGGAUGAUAUUAUGGGCUAUGGCGACGGCUUUAGAACGCGGGAGCCGACGGUGGCGUUGGUGAAAACGAUUGCCAUGUCCAUUGUGUUGGGUCUGCUCAUCUUCAUAACCAUAAUAGGCAAUGUUUUUGUAAUAGCGGCAAUUAUACUGGAGCGCAACCUACAGAAUUUGGGCAAUUACUUGGUGGUCUCGCUGGCGGUGGCCGACUUGUUAGUGGCAUGCCUGGUGAUGCCACUCGGCGCGGUUUACGAGAUUAGCGAGGGUUGGAUACUUGGCCCGGAGCUAUGCGACAUUUGGACUUCGUGCGACGUGCUCUGCUGCACAGCGUCCAUACUGCAUCUGGUGGCGAUUGCAGCCGACAGAUACUGGACAGUCACAAACAUCGAUUAUAGCAACGUCCGCACGCGAGGUCGCGUCUUCUGCAUGAUAUUUUGCGUUUGGUUUACAGCGCUCAUAAUCUCGUUGGCGCCGUUGCUCGGCUGGAAGGAUCCGGACUACAUGCAACGAAUCGAAAGGCAAAUAUGUAUGGUUUCGCAGGAUGUGGGCUAUCAGAUUUUUGCAACAUGUUGCACAUUUUAUGUGCCGCUUUUGGCCAUACUGGCGCUCUACUGGAACAUCUACAAAAUCGCACGCAGACGCAUCCAGCGACGCAUCCAACAACGUCCACUCCCUGUGGCACCUAGUCAUAGCCAGAAGUGCUCCACCGCUUCGAUGCAGCGCAAACGUAAGCGCCUAAAAAUAUGCUUCGGCAAGGCGGAACAGAACGCGGCUGCCGUCGCCAGCAACAUGGAAACGAACGUCGGCAACUCGCUCAGCAUCAGCAACAUGCGCGARGAGACCGAGUACAGCACCAGCAACUUCGAUAGCAAAAGUCACGCAACCGAGGUGACAACGGCCUCGGGGGAAGCGGAAGAGUCUCAAGUCUCCGCUAUUGGUGAAAUCUCCACCGUCUCGCAAGAGGUGGCCAGCACUGCGCACCAGCAACAGGCGAUCGCGAUUACAUUAACCACAUCAGCGCAGCAUUUGGCUAUCGCCGGUGCUGCCCAGACCACCGCCGGCAACGAGGCCAGGUCAAACAACAAGCUGCUCUCGAGCAUACCAAAUCCCUACCACAAACUGGCUAAACGCCGCCAAAUGCUCGAAGCGAAGCGCGAACGCAAAGCCGCACAAACAUUGGCCAUCAUCACGGGCGUCUUCGCCAUCUGCUGGCUGCCGUUCUUCGUCAUGGCGCUCAUGCUGUCGCUCUGCAAGGAAUGCCACAUCAGCGCCGCACUCACCUCACUCUUCCUCUGGCUGGGCUACUUCAAUUCGACACUCAACCCGAUCAUCUACACCAUUUUCAAUCCGGAGUUCCGACGCGCCUUCCAACGCAUUCUCUGCGGACGCAAACGCACGCURCCCAGCCGCAGCGGGAAGAUUUGAUUCUGAGAGUAGUUGAGUAGCGUGGUCGUUACUUUUGUAUCGCCACGCUACAACACAUGCAAACGAGAUACUAACCGAACGGAGCACGCAGCUGAAAUACACAGCAUGUAAUAACAGUAAACACCAACAACAACACGAGUAACACCACACCACCAAUCCCCGCCCAGUGACUCCAUCGAUGUUGCACGUCUUCCUCGACAGUUGAUUCACGAGAAGUACACCAAAGCAAGCACCGGAAACAAACAAGCAAACAAACGAACGGACGAAAGUCAGUAGGAAGUGGUAGAUUCACCUAUGGCAACUCGUGUAGAGUGGCGCUAGCGCAACGCCCCGCCCCGUCCUGCGCUUGCGACAUUUCAGCAAACUCGCCGCCACACCCUUGACCGCACACUCCGCGACCACUCACGCACGCAGCGCCAUUCGAUGCACUCGCGUGUAAUUCCCUCCUUAUGCAAAUAACAAGCAACGAAGAACUCUCCGAGCAUAUGCGAUACACAAAUACCACUUGAGCAAGUGAUGUGACUAGAAUGAAAAGUACAUGCGGUUGGAUGAGUGGGUGUGUGUGUGCAAAUAUGGCACAUCCGCUGCAAAUAAACACACAGUCGCCGCACACUCACCCGUUAUCCCCCGCGCGGGCGCCCCGAGUUGUAAGUGUUUGCUCAUGGAAGUGAACUCGCCUAGAAAUUUGGCAGCAAUUUCUUUGCUUAAGUUUCUGAGGGUGACCGACCAUAGGAAAUCGUACAACCGACUGAUAACGGCCAAGCACAUGCAAACCAACAAGCAAUAAGCACUCACACACACACACACACRUACAAAUAGCAACUCACCGAAUUUGUGAUUUGAUAGCAACUGAAGUUCGAUACUUAAAGCUAAAUAGCUACAGCGCGCUGACAAUCUGGACACAAGUCACAUGUCCCAGCCAUCUUCCAAAAGCCAAUUAAAGGAUUUUUCGUCAUUAAAUCUACUUUUGUUACACACACAAAUGUAUAGCGGUGGCACAUACAUACAUAUGUACACACACAACUAUGCAUACCGCAUAUAUGGCAUAUAUAUUGAGAGAGAGAAUCAACUAACAAAUAUACUUGUACUUGUAAGUAAGUAUGUAGUUUGUAGUGGCAUAAGUUAAGUGAAAGUAAACGAUACGCUUUUAAAGAGACACAAAAACAAAGUUUUAAUAGCAUUUACAAUGAUUUACUACGUUUUUUAAGAACUCGCAAAGUCUUCUGAUAGUCUUGGGAACAACUAUAUACAUAUACCUACUUAUAAGUGGACAUUAAUUGAACCUAUGUGCAUACAUAUAUAUAUAACUGUAAACUUAAGUCUCAGUCGUGCAAUCGCAGGUCAAAAAUCAAAAGUAUUUCUAAAUUCGUUUGUGUAAGUAUUUGUCCGUGAUUGUUAGUACAUACAUUUAAGCAAUGAACCAUGUUACUCAUCUAACUGUACAUACAUAUAUGUAUAUACAAAAUAAGUAAAAGUUAAAAAUUUGAA